AUGUAUCGACCAGGCCAGACUCGCCAGAUCACCAGACCCCUGCAAGUGCGUCGGUCCGUUCAUACCGAGGGCUUUUCGCAUGUGAUUGCGCCCGUUAUCAUUUGGCAAACCAUGUGGUGUGCUUCAGCUUUGGGUAGCUCGAUUCCAAUAGGCGUCGCUGCCACUUUGUUAUCACGAAGACGCCGAUUUACUGAUUACGGGCGAAGCCACUUGAUCAUCCCCGACUAUGUCAUCGCGAUCACGUCAAACCUGAUUUUAUUAUCUACAUCGAUCUGGUCCCCUACGACGUUCGUGCGACCACGCAGACGCAGACGGAGAAGCGAUAAAGGGAACACUUUUGACCGCCGUUCAACCACACCGCUUAGUGUUUCUUCCUCCAGCUGCACGCUAUCACGCACAGCGCAUUGUUACUACGUGAUUCCCCGGAUUCUGAAAGCUGAAGCUCUAAUUGGCUGA